AUGGAUCAAUGGAAAAAGAUUGGUUGGCAUCACAAGUAUACGAAUAUAAAGACAUGUAAGAUGCAUAGACUAGAAAUAACAACAAUCAAAUCAAUUCUACUCAAUUCCUAUAUUAGAAGAAAGAUAUUUCAUUUUGUUAGAUGGAUACAUUUGAGUUUACAAUUAGAUAGAUCACUAGAUUCAUUUGUAAAAAAGAAGAGAAAGAGUAUUCAACAAAAUAAUAAUAAUAAUGAUAAUAAUGAUAAAGAAGAAUAUAGAUAUUUUAAAACAUCAUUCAAGAAUAAUCAACAAUUAGAGAAUGGUCAAUCAUUGACAGAAAUGUUAAAGUAUAAAAGAGGUGAUCUCUUUAUGAAAUAUCUACCUAGGUAUUUGGAGAUUGUCGAUCACGCUGAUAUCGAUCAAUCAACAACUACUAUCGAUUAUAAAAGUAAUCUUGCAUUACUUGCAAUUCAAACAUGUCACAUUCCAUCAAUCAUCUCUUCAUUGAUACAAUACUUGAAUGUCAAUGAUGAAAAGGUCAAUUUGGUCAUUAAAAGAUUAACUUCAAAACCUUACAUUUAUUAUAAAUUAUAUAAUAAUAAUAUAAACAUGUCAAUACAAUAUAUUGAUAUUUUACAAUCACUUUAUAAUCAACAACAACAACAACUAAAAAAUAACAAGAUCAACUUUAAAUUUAAUUAUAAUCAUUCUAUUAUUAAAUUAAUAUUUAAAUAUUCAAAUUUAAUAUUAAAUCAUCUCAACAAUAUCUCCUCAUCCUCCUCCUCCUCUUCAUCUUCUUCUUCUUUUUCUUCAAAUUCCGAUUCAAUUAUUAAAUUAAUAUUAAUAUUUAAUAAUUUGAUGAAAUUAAAUUGGAGAGAUAUAAUAUUCUUUACAAUUAAAAAAAGAGAAUUUAAAGUUUUAGAUUACAUUUUAAUCAAUCAACCUAAUAUAAUGAAUAGUGGUCAUAUCAAUCAUUUAUUAUAUUUUGGUGAUUUGGAAAUGUUGGAAUAUUUAAAAUCAAAACAAAUCCUAUUGAUUGGUAAUAUCAAUACUUUUAAUAGUAUACUUUAUAAUUCUAAAAAUGAUCCAAAUCUUUAUAAAGAUUUAUUAGAAUUUACAUUAAAUAAUAUUAAAAAAAUUAAUAAUGGAAUAUUAAAAGGAAUACAUCCAACUAUACUAUCAUUGGAAUUAUUAAAUCAAUUAUUGGAAAUGCAAUCAAAUAAUAAUAAUAAUAAUAAUAAUAAUAAUAAUAAUAAUAAUAAUAACAAUAAUAAUAAUAAUAAUAAUAAGAAUCUUUCAAUUGCAUUUAGUCAAAAAUUUAUUGGUGAAUUGGUAAAAUAUCCAAAUAUAUCUAUAAAAUGGAUAGAACAUUAUUUGGAUUUGGUUUCAAUCAAUGUUGUUGGACACGAUUAUAAUUACUUUUUAAACAAAACAUUGGAAUUUGGUAGAAUGGAUUUAUUGGAAUGGGUUAUUGAAAAAUCUAUAGAUUAUCCAUACUAUAUUCAUUUUGUACCAAAUAUUAAUAAUAAUAGUAAUAUUAGUAAUAGUCAAAUAACAACAAAAUAUAUGAAAAUGAUUAGAUUUAUUUUUGAAAAGGCUAAACAACCAAAAAUAUCAGACUCUGUUAUUUGUCAAUUCUUUCAACACUCGUCAUUGGAAAUGUGGAGUAUUUUAGAUCUUUUAACUGUAGACUCUUUUAUUACACCCAAUUCAUUUACUACACUUUUAAAAGAGUCUGCUAAUCAAUCGAGUGCAUUAUACUCGAGAACGGUUUCAUUUCUAUCAAGAGAAUUGUAUGUAGAUAUUUACACUGACAUUUAUGCAGUUGAUGGUAUUGUCAAAAGAAAUGAUAUGGAUCUAUUGAUACGUACCAUGCCCCAUAAAUCUUAUUCAGAUCAUUUUACUGCUCGUUGUCUUGACCGGUUAUUCAAAAAAAUCGAUUCACUCAAUCGACAUUUAAUUAGAUUGGAAUACAUUUAUCAAAUGAUAUCAAACUCUUCUCCAUCUCUACAGCAAUUGGAAUACAUUCAAGAUCGACAAGGAGCAAUUGAAAUGAUUCAAUAUUUAUUACAAAAACAUUAUAUUUAUGUUUCAACACAUACUCGUAUGAUUGAAAUUCCCUAUACUAUUGAAAUGGAAUCUUUAGAAUCAAUAAUGGCUCCAAGACUAGUUGAAAAUAUAUCAAUUUACAAACAAUUAUUUGAAUAUUUGGACAAAAGUAAUAUUCAUAUUCAAUUGAAUGAUUUAUCAUCAAUGGAUAUUAUGAUUAGAUCAAAAACAACAUUAUUAAGAGAAUAUAUAAAGUCUCACUGGACUAAAAAGACUACAACUCUGUUGUUAAAGGUUCCAAAACAUUUUCAAUUUAAAUGGGAAAAAUGUUUAAAAAGAUUUACAACAAACAAUCAAAUCAAUAUUAUCAAAGAUAUAAAUGAUCAUUAUCCAUGGUUUAUACAACCUCUAUUGAUAGAUUUAUUAAAAAUAUCUCUUCAAUAUGGUCAUUUAAAUUUAAUCAAAUUUAUCACCGAUUAA